GCCGUCCUCUGCGCUUCUCCUUGAGGCUGGGUUCCUGCCAGCCUCGCCCGCUGGGCUCCAGAGGAGGGCCAAGUGAGGUGGUGGGUGGAUGGUGGGGGAGAGAGGUUGGGGUUUGGCCAAAGAGGGCACCUGGCCUAUAGCAGUUGGAGAAACAAACCUGAGUUCCGUGAGUUGCAGCCGCAGGGAUGUUGUCACAAUAACAGUUAAGCGUCCUCUAGAUCAAUUCAAGUCUGUCCCUUCUUCUGCACUUCUUGCCAAUAGUUGUCUGUCCUCCCUUUGCUGUGGCUCAGCCAGGAGUUAAUUUGAGUUUAAAGGCUGGCCUGUUGGAGCAAGUUAAAAUUCCCUCUCGGUGUCUUAUUAGCCUGGUGGGCCUGCAAGUUACUUUCAGGAGGAAGGAGAAAGCACAGACACUUCCUUACCUUCUUCAUGGAGGUUCUUUGUGAGGCCAGGUUCAGGAAGAAGUGCUCUGGUUUCUACUAAAUCCCCAAAGUAUUUGCUCUCAACUCAGGAUGGGGGUCAACGACUUAAAAAAAAAUGGCUGGAAAAUUGGCCAAAUUUUCUCUUUUUGCACAGAGUUGCAGUUUUAGUGAUAGGCAGCACAUUUUCAGGUGGGCCUAAGUAGAAAAGUUCUGCUACAUUAAAAAAUUGAAUCAACAUUUUUUUUUUAAAAUUAUUUACCAGCAGUAACUAGCUGUCAUCAAUGCUGGUUCACUUCAUUGCUCAGAGCCUUUGGAAGAAGGCCUGUUACCUCUUGAUGAUGGAUUUGACAUUCCAUGAUGUCCCGAAAAGGGAAGGAGGAGACAGCCCAGGACCAGUUGCCCUGACUUCCUAUCCAUUUCAAGCAAGAUGAUAUCUCCAUCCAUCAAAUGGCCAUUUUCAACCAGGCCCUUACUGCUUUUGUCAUUGUUGAUUCUCUUAAUGGUGGCAACUCCAUCCUCAUGUCAGAGCAGGGAACCGACAUCUUCUUCUAGCAACGGGGCACCGUUUCCUUGGAAUAAAAUGCGACUUCCAGAGCACAUCAUCCCAGCUCACUACGAUCUCAUGAUUCAUGCAAACCUCACCACUCUGACUUUCGGGGGAACCACACAGAUAGAAAUCACAGCCAGCAAGCCCACCAGUACCAUCAUCCUGCACAGUCACCACCUGCAAAUAUCCAAGGCCGCCCUGAGGAAGGGAGGUGGCCAGAUGCAGGCUGAAGAGCCGCUGAGAGUCCUGGAAAACCCACCUCAGGAGCAAAUUGCGCUUCUGGCUUCCAAGCCGCUGGUUGUCGGCCACCCAUACACCAUUGUCAUCGACUACGCUGGCAAUCUUUCUGGGAGUUUCCAUGGAUUUUAUAAAAGUACCUACAGAACCAAGGAAGGGGAAGUGAGGGUACUUGCAUCAACACAGUUUGAACCGACUGCAGCCAGAAUGGCGUUUCCCUGCUUUGAUGAACCUGCUUUCAAGGCGAGUUUUUUAAUCAAGAUCAGAAGGGAACCAAGACACCUCGCCAUCUCCAAUAUGCCAUUGGUUAAAUCUGUGACUGUGGCUGGAGGACUCCUAGAAGACCACUUUGACGUCACCGUGAAGAUGAGCACGUACCUGGUGGCCUUCAUUGUUUCAGAUUUUAAGUCUGUCAGCACGAUGACCAAGAGCGGAGUCGAGGUUUCCGUAUAUACUGUUCCAGACAAGAUAAAUCAGGCAGAUUAUGCACUGAAUGCUGCCGCGACUCUUCUAGAAUUUUAUGAGGAUUAUUUCAGCAUCCCAUAUCCGUUACCCAAACAAGAUCUCGCCGCGAUUCCUGACUUUCAGUCUGGUGCAAUGGAAAACUGGGGGCUAACAACAUACAGGGAAUCUUCUCUACUGUUUGAUGCUGAGAAGUCUUCCGCCUCAAGUAAGCUCGGCAUCACGAUGGUUGUGUCUCAUGAACUCGCCCACCAGUGGUUUGGGAACCUCGUCACUAUGGAAUGGUGGAAUGAUCUUUGGCUAAAUGAGGGAUUUGCCAAGUUUAUGGAGUUCGUGUCAGUCAGUGUGACUCAUCCAGAACUGAAAGUUGAAGAUUAUUUCUUUGGUAAGUGUUUCGAUGCAAUGGAAGUGGAUGCAUUAAACUCCUCACACCCUGUGUCCACACCCGUGGAGAAUCCUGCUCAGAUUCGGGAGAUGUUUGAUGAAGUUUCUUAUGACAAGGGAGCUUGUAUUCUGAAUAUGCUAAGGGACUAUCUUGGUGCCGACGCAUUUAAAAGUGGCAUCAUAAAGUAUCUGCAGAAGUAUAGCUAUAAAAACACAAAAAACGAGGACCUGUGGAAUACUAUGGCAAGCAUUUGCCCUACAGAUGACACACAACACAUGGAUGGAUUUUGUUCUAGAGGUGAACAUUCAUCUUCAUCUGCGCAGCACUGGCGGCGGGAAGGCCUUGAUGUGAAAACCAUGAUGAACACCUGGACGCUGCAGAAGGGCUUUCCGCUGAUAACCGUCAGUGUGAGAGGCAGGAACGUACACAUGAAGCAAGAGUCCUAUGCGAAGGGCGUGGCCGAUGCCCCAGAAACCGGGUUCCUGUGGCAUGUCCCACUGACAUACAUUACCAGCAAAUCAGACGCAGUCCAGCGCUUUUUGCUAAAGACAAGAACAGAUGUGCUCAUCCUCCCAGAAGAGGUGGAAUGGAUCAAAUUUAAUGUCAGAAUGAAUGGCUAUUACAUUGUGCAUUAUGAGGAUGAUGGAUGGGACUCUCUGAUUGGCCUUUUAAAAGAAACACACACGGCAAUCAGCAGUAACGAUCGGGCCAGUCUCAUUAACAAUGCAUUUCAGCUUGUCAGCAUUGGAAAGCUGUCGAUUGAAAAAGCCUUGGAUUUAACCUUGUACCUGAAGCAUGAAACUGAAAUCAUGCCAGUGUUUCAAGGUUUGAAUGAGCUGAUACCGAUAUAUAAGUUAAUGGAGAAGAGAGAUAUGAAUGAAGUGGAAACUCAAUUCAAGGCCUUCCUCAUCAGGCUACUGAGGGACCUCAUUGACAAGCAGACGUGGACGGACGAGGGCUCCGUGUCGGAGCGAGUGCUGCGGAGUCAGCUGCUGCUUCUCGCCUGCGUGCGCAAGUACCAGCCCUGCGUGCAGAAGGCAGAAGGCUACUUCAGACAGUGGCAGGAAGCCGAUGGAAACCUGAGCUUGCCCGACGAUGUGACCUUGGCAGUGUUUGCUGUGGGGGCCCAGACCCUCGAAGGAUGGGAUUUUCUUUAUAGUAAAUACCAGUCAUCAUUGUCCAGUACCGAGAAAAACCAAAUUGAAUUUGCUCUCUGUAUCAGCCAAAAUAAAGAAAAGCUUCAAUGGCUACUAGAUCAAAGUUUUAAGGGAGAUGUAAUAAAAACUCAAGAGUUUCCAAAUAUUCUUAGAGCUAUUGGCAGAAACCCAGUGGGAUAUCCGUUGGCCUGGCAGUUUCUGAGGGAAAACUGGAACAAACUUGUGCAAAAGUUUGGUCUUGGCUCAAAUUCCAUAGCCUACAUGGUAACGGGAACAACAAAUCAAUUCUCAACAAGAGCACGGCUUGAAGAGGUAAAAGAAUUCUUCAGCUCUUUGAAGGAAAACGGGUCUCAGCUCCGCUGUGUUCAGCAAACCAUCGAAACCAUCGAGGAAAACAUACGUUGGAUGGACAAGAAUUUUGAUAAGAUCAAAGCGUGGCUGCAGAGUGAGAAGCUCAACCUGCUGUAACAGUUCGGCUCUUAGCCGGUCCCUGUGAUGUGUCAUCUCCAAACUUUUGUUGAGUGUGAAUAUUUUCAAAGUGGACAUGGGCCAGCUUGGCACCCACUGAAGAUGCCUCUUGCCCCCUCAAUUCAUCUCACCCUUUCCUUCUCGUGAAGACCGGCUGCUUCACGUUUUCCUCAGGGAGUUGCUGCCACUACGUGUUCCAUUAUAGGUGUGACCCCGAAAUGUACACCCAGGUGGGGGAUUCCCUACUGUGGAGAAGUAAAAGUUCCUGAUUCUUCUUAUAUUGUA